GAAUAUAGCAUGGUUGAUAUCUAAGAAUUUACAUCUUCAACAUAAAACCUGUAAGACCUUAAAUCUAUUAUGCUGGCAUAUAAGUUUAGAAGAUGACCGGUUGCUUUUCUAGUUAAAACCUUAACCUUUGACAUUCUUACCCUAAUUUCCUUUGGAAUUAUAAUAUGAUUUUAAAACCUCUGAGGAAUAAAUUAUUGAAAUGAAACCAGUGAUCCACGGGGGCUGCUGCUAAGAACAAAUGAAGCUUGUAGAAUAUAUGCAUAAACAUGUUUAGAGGUGUGCCGUGAGAUGAAUGUCACGGCCAUUGAUCUAUGGUCUGUUAUUCAGAAAAAAGAUAACUGGAGAGAUGUUUGCUUCAAUGAUGGAAUUCAUCUUUCAACUGAGGGAAGCAAGAUAGUAACAAAAGAGAUAUUGAAGGUGCUUAAAGAAGCAGAGUGGAAACCUAAUUUAUAUUGGAGGUCAAUGCCAAGUGACUUUGGGGAAGAUUCACCAUAUGAUCCAGUUGGACCUGAUGGAAAGACAACUAUUAACCUUUCCAACUUUGCUUUCCCAUAGAAUGAGCUAUGGGAUUAGACUUGUAUUUGUUGAAAACUAUAAAUAGACAUUCCACAAUUCAUUGUAUCCUUAGGCAUUAGUCACAAAAUAGGCUUUAAUUAAUUUUGUGUUUUGUGCCUGAUGAAAUAUAAUAUUCUUUGUUGUUAUACGCUCAAUAAUAAAUGGGUGAUGAUUUGACCCUGGCUUUUCACCA